AUGCAGAGGUAUGAAGGUGUCAAAGAAGGACCUAAACCAAAUGACAUUAUACAGCUGAUGCGUACAGAGCACGGAUGCAAGAUUACUUAUGAUCUGGCAUGGGAGGCACGCGAGUAUGCUGUCAAUUGUGUGAGAGGUAUACCAGAGGAGAGUUAUGGUAAAAUACCAAUGUACUUGCACAUGGCAAAGGAAGCUAAUCCGGGUACUCAUACUGCUUAUAAAACUGAUCCUGAUGGUAGUUUCAGAUACAUGUUCAUUGCUUAUGGUCAGUCAAUUAGAGGCUUCCACAAAGUGAUGCGGCAGGUCAUCGUUGUUGAUGGGACAUUCUUGAAGAAUAAAUACAGGGGAACACUACUAGUUGCUACAGCUUUAGAUGGUAACUCUAAUUUGUAUCCAUUAGCAUUUGGUGUGGUUGAUUCAGAGAAUGAUAACUCAUGGGAAUGGUUUCUGAGGCAGCUGCAUGUUGUUAUCGAGGAUGACUACACCUUGGCUUUUAUCUCAGACAGAAGUCCAUCCAUUGCAUCAGCAAUACGUAUUGUCUACCAACGAGCAAGCCAUGGAAUCUGCAUCCACCAUUUGCUGAACAAUGUCAUCUCCCAUCUCCAUGGAAAAGGUGUGGCUGGUAUGGUUGCUAAUGCUUCUAAGGCAUACAGAAUUGCUGAUUUCCAGAGGAUAAUGACUGAUGUGUGUAAGAACAGACCUGAUGUUGCAAGAUAUCUAGUGAAAGCUGAUGUGAAAAAGUGGGCUCGUUGCCUUUUUGUUGGAUACAGGUACGACAUUAGGACAACUAACCCAGCUGAGUCCUUAAAUAAUGCAUUGAGAUCACCUAGGGAGUUCCCAGUAAUCCCUCUACUGGACAGCAUCAGAGAAAUGUUGACAAGAUGGUUCUAUGAGCGCAGGACAUUGAGCUCAAAGCAUAACCACCCUCUAACCAAGGCUGCUGAGAUGAAGAUUACCAGAAGAAUUGAAAAGGGUAAACAGUUUACAAUUCAGCAGAUUGAUGCAAACAGAUUUGUGGUUGGCGGUGACAUCUACCAAUGUGUGGUUGAUUUGGCGAAACGAACAUGUACUUGUGCCAAGUACGAUCUGCAGAAACUUCCCUGUAGGCAUGCAAUCAGAGCUAUUUUCUUGAUAGGAAAGCAAUCACAUGAAUACAGUGAUGAUGUGUUCAAAACUGAGUUCUGGAGAGUAGGGUAUGAGGAAGCUAUUAACCCAAUGGGUGUUCCUGAGGAUGCAUGGUGUGUUACAGAAGAUCUUGAAGACGAACUUGUUACUUGUCCUGAGUCACGCCGAGCUGCCGGCAGAAGAAGAAAACGACGAUUUGAAACAGUUGAGGACAAGAUAAGGUCGCACAAAAAGGUUAAAAAGAUACACAAGUGCUUUCGAUGUGAUAAGCCCGGCCACAACAGAGCAACCUGUGAUAUGCCUAUAUAG